AUGGGUUCAUAUGGAAAACUUGCAAAGAGGGCUGUGGAGACUGAGAUGCCGAUCAUGGUUCAGAUACAACAAUUGUUUCGAGGAGCCAAGAAUGCUGUGUCACUGGCCCAGGGAGUAGUUCACUGGCAACCACCCAAACAGGCUUUGGAUAAGGUGAAAGAACUUGUAUGGGAGCCUUCAAUUAGUCGUUACGGUUUUGAUGAAGGUAUACUUGAACUCAGGGAGGCAUUGGUAAAAAAGUUGCAUAAUGAAAAUAAGUUGUACAAAUCUUCAGUGAUGGUUACUUCAGGUGCAAAUCAGGCAUUUGUGAACCUUGUUCUUACAUUGUGUGAUUCCGGGGACUCUGUGGUUAUGUUUGCACCAUACUACUUCAAUGCCUACAUGUCCUUCCAGAUGACCGGCGUCACUAAUAUAUUGGUGGGUCCUGGCCACCCAGAGACACUUUACCCAGAUGCAGACUGGUUGGAGAAAACGUUAUCGGAAACAAAGCCAACCCCAAAACUUGUUACGGUUGUUAAUCCUGGCAACCCAAGUGGAACCUAUAUUCCGGACCCUCUUCUUAAGAGGAUUUCAGAUAUUUGUAGAGACGCUGGAUCAUGGCUUGUUGUGGAUAAUACAUACGAGUAUUUUAUGUAUGAUGAUUUGAAACACACAUGUGUGGAGGGAAAUCACAUAGUCAACAUUUUUUCCUUCUCGAAAGCUUAUGGGAUGAUGGGAUGGCGAGUUGGAUACAUAGCAUACCCAUCAGAAGUAGAGGGUUUUGCUACCCAACUCCUCAAAGUUCAAGAUAACAUUCCCAUCUGUGCGUCAAUAAUUUCACAGCACCUUGCGCUCCACUCAUUGGAAAUGGGACCCGAAUGGGUCACUGAACGAGUGAAAGGUCUUGUCAAGAAUAAAAAUAUUGUUCUAGAAGCGCUCUCCCCUCUCGGAAAAGAUGCUGUUAAAGGUGGAGAAGGUGCUAUAUACUUGUGGGCAAAGCUUCCGGACAAAUAUGUAGAUGACAAUAAAUUUGUUCACUGGCUUGCUCACAGGCAUGGGGUGGUGGUGAUCCCCGGAAGUGCAUGUGGGUGCCCAGGAAAUGUGAGAAUCUCCUUUGGUGGCUUGCUAGAGGAUGACUGCAAAGCUGCCGCAGAAAGGCUGAGGAGAGGGUUAGAAGAAUUGAUCAGCGAUGGAAUGGUUCAGUAA